UUCAACUCUUUUAACAACAGCAGCACCGCCACCAAGACCAAGAACUUGAUGACUUUAUUCAACUUUAAUUGUCAGUUAAAGCUCUAGAAAUUUGUAUGUCGAUAAUCAAAUUUGUGGUUUCUUUUUAGUUUCACCUUCAAGUUAAUCAGGCCAAAAAAGAAUACUAUAGUCUGUAUGAACACUCAGGUCAAAUAUAAUCUAGCACUGAAAUCAUGAACUCUUUCGCUGGCUGCUUUUGUCUGAAGAAAGCUAGACAGAAACGUGGGUUUGUGGACCCAAUCAUUCUUGCUUCUGAGACACCUUUUACUUUGAAUGAAGUGGAGGCUUUGUAUGAUUUGUUCAAAAAACUAAGCAGCUCCAUUGUUGAUGAUCAUCUUAUUCACAAGGAAGAAUUCCAGCUUGCACUUUUUGAGAACAGCACUAAGCAGAAUCUUUUCGCUGACAGGGUAUUUGAUUUGUUCGAUGUUAAGCAUAAUGGUUUUAUUGCAUUUGGAGAAUUCGUUCGGGCACUGAGUGUUUUCCAUCCAAGUGCUCCAAAAGAAGACAAAGUUGCAUUUGCAUUUAGAUUGUAUGAUCUUCGGCAGACUGGUUACAUUGAGAGGGAGGAGGUGAAUACUCAUCAACUUUGCUCNCUGGACCUGACCGUCACCCUUGCAGAGAACGAUCUCUUCCNAUUUAUACAGACAAUGCUGGAGGCAGAUACAAAUGGAGAUGGUAAGAUUGAUAUUGAAGAGUGGAAGGAAUAUGUGGCAAAGAAUCCAAACAUCUUGAAGAUCAUGACUCUUCCACAUUUAAAGGAAAUAACUCUAUCAUUUCCCAGUUUUGUGCUGCACUCUGAAGGCCAAGAUUUGAAAUGAUUUGUGAGUAGGAAUGGUAUCAGAUUCUCUUUUCCUGGAGAUGCUUGAAACAUUCCGAAUAAUUCCUUGCUGAGAACUGAAAAGCAUUAGUUUUUGCACCUACAAAAUUGUGGAGUGUAUUAAAUAAUAGAAUCUAGAUUUCUAAAGCCCCCUUUUAAGCUCACUCGUAUGCAACACGAUGAGAUCAACAAGCUUACAUCUUGGUAGCUGUUUUUUAACGACACAUUUGACUGCUUACUAUAAGGAAUUUGUGAUCUUUGUUUGUAAAUUAUAAAUUAAUUCACAUUGUCAACGCUCAUCACCUGAUUGGACAAACGUUCAACUUUUUGUCUAACGAAACCUAAAU